AUGGACGGCGGCGAUGGGACGAUGAGGCUCGGCGCUCUCAACUUGAAGCCGGAUCGGCUCGGCGGCAUCGAUUCGGGUCCCGACGUGUCGGUUUCGUCGCCGGUGACGAGGCAGAAGGCGGCGGCGGCGAAGCAGUUCAUUGAGAAUCACUACAAGAACUAUCUACAAGGACUACAGGAUCGCAAAGAAAGACGCCGAGCACUUCAAAGGAAAGCACAAGAAGAUCAGAUACCAACUGAGGAACAAGAAGAGAUGAUGAGGAUAUUGGAACGCAGAGAAACAGAAUACAUGAGGCUGCAAAGACGUAAAAUCGGAAUUGAUGAUUUUGAGCAAUUAACUGUCAUUGGUAAAGGGGCAUUUGGUGAGGUAAGGUUAUGUCGUGCUAAAGGUACAGGAGAGAUUUAUGCCAUGAAGAAAUUGAAGAAAUCUGAGAUGCUUAGCCGAGGACAGGUUGAGCAUGUGCGUUCUGAGAGAAACUUGCUUGCGGAGGUUGAUAGCCGGUGCAUUGUAAAACUUCAUUAUUCAUUUCAAGAUUCUGAUUUCUUAUACCUUAUCAUGGAGUACUUACCUGGUGGUGAUAUUAUGACAUUAUUGAUGAGGGAAGAUACUCUUUCCGAAGAUGUUGCCCGUUUUUACAUAGCAGAGAGUAUUCUGGCUAUUCACUCAAUCCAUCAACACAACUACAUUCAUAGGGACAUAAAACCAGAUAACCUGAUACUGGAUAAAAAUGGCCAUUUGAAGCUUUCAGAUUUUGGCUUGUGUAAACCUCUGGAUGACAAGUAUUCUACACUGUUACUGGAAAAUGAUGAUUUAACCUCCCAGGAAUCCAUAUCUGAAACUGAAGGACAAUCUGGCUGUGAUAAGGUUCCUUGGUUGAUGCCAAAAGAACAAUUACAACAAUGGAAACGUAAUCGUCGUGCCCUGGCUUAUUCAACCGUGGGAACUCUUGACUAUAUGGCACCUGAGGUGUUGCUCAAGAAAGGAUAUGGAAUAGAGUGCGAUUGGUGGUCCCUAGGGGCAAUCAUGUACGAGAUGCUUGUAGGCUAUCCUCCCUUCUGCUCUGAUGACCCAAGGAUCACAUGCCGCAAGAUAAUCAAUUGGAGAACAUGCCUGAAAUUUCCUGACGAACCAAAAAUUUCGGAUGAGGCAAAGGAUCUGAUCCGUCACUUGUUAUGUGACGUUGAAUCAAGGCUUGGGACACAUGGAGCAGAAGAAAUUAAGGCCCAUCCAUGGUUCAGAUGUGUUCAGUGGGACAGGCUGUAUGAAAUCGAAGCUGCAUAUAAACCUACAGUAAUUGGAGACUUGGACACGCAGAAUUUUGAAAAGUUUCCUGAAGUAGAGGGCCCACCAUCUACAAUGCCAACAGUGGGACCUUGGCGGAAGAUGUUAACGUCGAAAGAUACCAAUUUCAUUGGAUACACUUUCAAGAAAUCAGAUGUCCUCAGAUCACUUGAAAGUUCAGGUACAGACAUGAGAUCAAAUGGUUCGGCAAAGGCCCCUUCUCUGAUUUCCUUAUUAGGUAGAAUUGACUUGCAAGAAACUGCGAUACCAGAGGGAGAUCAGAAGCAGGAAAUUUAA